AUUGCGCCUGCGCCUGGAGCUUGAGCGCUGGGGUUGGGCAGGAUCUGGUUCCGUGCAACUUUUAAGUGAGUUACAAACUCCGCCCCGAGACCGGUGCAGGUGGUCGGGCGCUCUGCCACCCGGGCGGCAGGUGAGAGCUGAGGUCCGGCCUGCCACCCGGACCCGAGACCAGCAGCGCCGCCCUCGACGGGGGACGAACGGUUCUCCGCGGCAGGAAUUGUGGGACUGAGCCGCCAGGAUUCGGCGAGGCGGAGGGACGCGCCCUCCCGCCUCGAUCACAAGGCGGCUUCCUCUGCUAGGCCCUCGGUCCCCUGGUUCCGGGUUCUCCUGGCUCCCCGCACUGCGGGGUCGAAGUCAGGGGUGGUGAUCUCCGCCUACACCGAGGGAGAGGUGUACUGCAGCACCACUCACCCCCUUGUCCCAGCUCCUGAGUGAGCGUCCCUCCGCUUGUCUCUUGGGGUCAUCCCCCUAGGCUGUCAGGAUGGUGUCCUGGAUGAUCUGUCGCCUGGUAGUGCUCAUAUUUGGCAUGCUGUAUCCUGCGUAUGCUUCCUACAAGGCCGUGAAGAGCAAGAACAUUCGAGAAUAUGUACGGUGGAUGAUGUAUUGGAUUGUCUUUGCGAUCUUCAUGGCAGCAGAAACCUUCACAGACAUCUUCAUUUCCUGGUCCGGCCCAAGGAUUGGCAGGCCAUGGGGUUGGGAAGGGCCUCACCACCACCACCACCACCACCUGGCCUCUGGCUCACACAAACCCCUCCCCUUGCUUACACACAGGUUCCCGUUUUAUUACGAGUUCAAGAUGGCUUUUGUGCUGUGGCUGCUCUCACCUUACACCAAGGGGGCCAGCCUGCUUUACCGAAAGUUUGUCCACCCAUCCCUAUCCCGCCAUGAGAAGGAGAUCGACGCGUGUAUCGUGCAGGCAAAGGAGCGCAGCUAUGAAACCAUGCUCAGUUUUGGGAAGCGGAGCCUCAACAUCGCUGCCUCAGCUGCUGUGCAGGCUGCUACCAAGAGUCAAGGCGCUCUAGCUGGAAGGCUGCGGAGUUUCUCUAUGCAAGACCUGCGCUCUAUCCCUGACACCCCUGUCCCCACCUACCAAGAUCCCCUCUACCUGGAAGACCAGGUACCCCGACGUAGACCCCCUAUUGGAUACCGGCCAGGCGGCCUGCAGGGCAGUGACACAGAGGAUGAGUGUUGGUCAGACAAUGAGAUCGUCCCCCAGCCACCUGUUCGGCCCCGAGAGAAGCCUCUAGGCCGCAGCCAGAGCCUUCGGGUGGUCAAGAGGAAGCCAUUGACUCGAGAGGGCACCUCACGCUCCCUGAAGGUCCGAACCCGGAAAAAGGCCAUGCCCUCAGACAUGGACAGCUAGAGUCUGCAGAUUGAGGCCACCUUACCUCUGGAGCCAGCAGGGGACCUUUCGCUGCUACACCAGCUACCGGGGUUCUGCUCCGUCUGGCUUGUGCCUAAAUGGCACAUGGCGUGGUACCCUGCACAGGGAGACAUUCACUAUACCAAAGCAGCCCAGGCCUGGGGCCUAUUUAUUGCCUUCCUCUGCCUUUUACUUUCUCAGACACGGGACCAGAGCCCCACCAGUCCCUACCGACGAAACCAAAAGUCCAACCAGCUGUGUUCAUUCCUUCUUGUCCUUCAAAAUACUUGACAGCCUUUUCCAAGGCCUGGUGUGUGUGUGUGUGUGUGUGUGUGUGUGUGUUUACGUACACUAGCUGCAUGUUUCGUGUUGGUGAGUGAGGUCAGGCUUAUGAAUAUUUUUAUAUAAAUAAAUACCAAACAGUGUUUGGCCUCUCCUAA